AUGGCAUUCGACGCUUCUACUGCCCCUCGACCCCUUCUGGGCAAAGAUGGAGCAGAGCCUGGCUUCUGGGCUCAUGCUGCAUACGAGAACCCCUGGCCCCGAGGAAGCCGAAACAGCCAUAUGAGUGGCUCAGUACUUUAUCAACUUCACCAAAACCGUUUGUAUCGCGAGCCGGCUUUACGGCCAUCAAAAGCCAAGUAUGAUGGAACACGCUUUUUAAAGGCAGUGGGGGACAAGACUGUGAAUGUGGAGGCUCUGCUGGCACAGGCUACCGGUCCCCAGCUGAAACCUGGGGCAGAAUGUCUGCCUUGCCAGAAACACAGAGGCCCUUUCGUCUCCUGUGUCGUUGUCCCGGGUAUUUUCAGCGAAUGUGCCAACUGCCAUUGGUCACAGCAGUCCGAUCGAUGCAGCUUCAACACCAGCCCUCCCAUGUCAUUUGUCCCUCGACGGAAGGCUGAGCCCACAGUCAUCCCCACUGGCUUUACAGAUACGGAUGGGGUGAGAACAAAAUUGACGGGGAGCUUCGAGAGGCACGUCUUGCGCGAGGUAAGGCCAUGGCACUUUGUUGAACGUCUCAACAGGCGGAUUGAUGAGAUUCUGGAAGCAAAGGCCGCCCAGGCAUCACGGCCUGCAGGUGGAGAGGACCAAGGGCCUGGAGGUCUUGGAAACUAG